CAUUGAGCAAGAUAAAGGCCAAAUCAGAUUAAAAGGCCCCACCUUUACACACCCAAUCACUCCCCUCAGAUUCUCCAUAGCGAUCAGAUUAGAUUCAAUACAAUACGACGGCGAGGGAAAACGAAAAGCUUAAUAGAGGCGACAGCUGUAUAUAUAUAGAGAGAGAUAACACAGCACAGCAGUAAUUAGGGUUUUGAUUUAGGCGAGAAGCCAUGUCAGGUCUCCACAGAUCAUCAAGCUCAUCGAAGAACAUCGGAAAGUCCCUCCCUUCCAAGGAGCUUCUCGACGAUCUUUGCAGUCGAUUCGUUUUGAACGUUCCUGAAGAAGACCAACAGUCCUUCGAGAGGAUUCUCUUUCUGGUGGAGUACGCUUAUUGGUACUACGAAGAUAACGCUGUGGAGAAUGACCCGACGUUAAAGUCUCUGUCUUUGAAGGAGUUUACUUCACUCUUGUUCAACAGCUGUGAUGUUUUGAGACCUUACGUGUCUAACGUUGAUGAUAUCUUCAAAGACUUUACCUCUUACAAGUGUAGAGUUCCGGUUACUGGAGCUAUUAUUCUUGAUGAAACAUAUGAACGGUGUUUGUUGGUGAAGGGGUGGAAAGGGUCUAGCUGGAGCUUUCCCCGUGGGAAGAAGAGUAAGGAUGAAGAAGACUAUGCGUGUGCUAUUCGUGAGGUUUUAGAGGAAACUGGAUUUGAUGUCUCAAAGCUACUCAAGAAAGAAGAAUAUAUUGAGUUUACAUUCAGACAGCAAAGAGUGAGACUUUACAUUGUUGCUGGGGUGACAGAUGAUACAGCUUUUGCACCACAAACAAAGAAGGAAAUCAGUGAAAUUGCGUGGCAUCGGCUCGAUCAUCUUCAGCCAGCAAGUAAUGAGGUGAUAACUCAUGGAGUUGCUGGUCUCAAGUUGUAUAUGGUGGCACCUUUUCUUGGGUCGUUGAAGUCUUGGAUAUCGAAGCAUCCUGCUCCUGUAAAACGGAGAUCUGAUAAGCCCCUUAGAGCACUCAGCGUGUGGAAUGCAAGGACUAGUAGUACUGGAGGAAACGGAACAACAACGACGACGACAACGGAAAGCUACAAUAAGAAGCAGCCCCAACUAAUAGAGCGUCCUAAGGAUACAGAACCUGGAAACAGUCUCAGAAGCUUCAAGUUCAACACGUCAGCAAUCUUGGAAUCAGGAUUUUCAGCUUGACUAGUCUCUCGGACAUAUAAGGGUGGUCGGUAUUGGGAGCUAUGAUGCGGUUGGAUAUGUUCAUAUGCUUGUACUUUUUCUUUUUCUUCGGUAUCUUCUUUAUGCCUGUCGUUUCUUUUGGAAAGAAAGGGUUGUUGUACAUGAUGAUGGUCCGUGGGGGAAGUGGUGAAUCCUUUGGAUGAUGGCUUUAGAUGACAAUGGUUGCGACCAGCUACAAUUAAAGGACUUCUUUAUCCAAUGUAGAGAAUUAUUAUGAUUUAACGCUGAUUUAUUAUGAUUUUACAA